UUCUUGCGGAGCAGGGCAAAAUCCCAGAGAGCACGCAGAACAAUCCCCAAAAGAUCCAAACCCAGCUCCUUCCGUCUCGACUCCUCCGUCUUCCGCUCUUGGGUCUCGGCUCACCUCACGCUAUCCAUCCGUUUCACACUCGCUCCUUCCUGGCUCCCUCCCUCCCUCUUGUUAUUACUCCCUUCCUUUCCCAUCCCCAAUCCACGCGCCGCCGGCCACCGCUUCGCCGCCUCAGAUCCCACGCCCCACCCCGCUCGGUCCCUUACACGAGCGCGACGCGGCCGCGGCCAUGACGCCCUCCUCCGCUCUCGCUCUCGCCCACCUAGCAGCCGCCUCCGUGCUCCCCGCCUCCUCGUCCAGGCCCAGGCCCGGGCCCAAUUCCGUGGGCCUGAGCCCCGGCCCACGCCGGCUCUCGGUGGCGGCGCCCCCGCGGGCGUUUUUCUCCUCCUCGCCGUACCAGCCGCCGCCCCCCCAACCAGCGGGGCUCUCGCCUCACCGCGAGUACGGGCUGGUCCCCAUGGUCAUCGAGACCACCUCCCGCGGGGAGCGCGCCUACGAUAUCUUCUCGCGCCUGCUCAAGGAGCGCAUCGUCUGCAUCCACGGGCCCAUCGCCGACGACACCGCCUCGCUCGUCGUCGCGCAGCUGCUCUUCCUCGAGUCCGAGAACCCGCUCAAGCCCGUCCACCUCUACAUCAACUCCCCUGGCGGCGUCGUCACGGCGGGGCUCGCCAUCUACGACACCAUGCAGUACAUCCGCUGCCCCGUCACCACGCUCUGCAUCGGCCAGGCCGCGUCCAUGGGCUCGCUCCUGCUCGCCGCGGGGGCGCCCGGGGAGAGGCGGGCGCUGCCCAACGCCAGGGUCAUGAUCCACCAGCCCUCGGGGGGCGCGCAGGGACAAGCCACCGACAUCGCCAUCCAGGCCAAGGAGAUCCUCAAGACGCGCGACCGGCUCAACAAGAUCUAUCAAAAGCACACGCGCCAACCUAUUGCCAAGAUCGAGCAGUGCAUGGAGAGGGACCUCUUCAUGGACCCAGAGGAGGCGCACGAGUGGGGGCUCAUCGACGAGGUCAUCGAGAACCGACCCGCCUCGCUCAUGCCUGAUAGCCUAGGUGGCGGAGUCGAUCUGCCCAACCUCGGCGGCGGCGGCGGCGGCGGCGGGCGGGGAAGGGAUGUCGAGGAGCCCUCUGCGGUAUGAGGAUCUGCCACAUAGGUGAAAUCAUUUUCCUGUCCGGUGGCUGUGUUGUUUGUUGUUAGUUCUAAGUUUAAUUCUUACUACACAAGGUUAACCUUAUUGUUGUGAUUGCCGAGGCGUCCUGAAUUGAGCUAUUGGUGAUAAUUAUUGCAACUAUAAGGAAGUUUCAUUCCUGUGAUACCGAUAAAUUGACAGUAUUGUGUAUGUAUUAUAUAAGUAUCAAUUUCAUGCUGGAGCAUUGAAAAUGUCA